AAAUACAAAAUUUUGGGGCCAUUUCACUUUAAAAGGUAGAUAACGUUUUCGACCAGUAGAUGGGGGUGUUGGUUUACAUGUAAUUCAUGUACUGAAUUGCUGUUCCCAGUCAGAAAGGAAUUCCGCAGGCACUAAAAGGGCAACACUUGACAAAAGCCCACUCAGUGUCCAAAAAUAAUAAUUGUGUUGUUUUGACUAGACACUCAUUUUAACGUUCAUAGUCAUUAUAGUCGCUAAGGAAAUGGACAUAUUGUGUUUUUCCCUAAUCCAAGUUCACCAGAGUCACAAAUGAUUGUAGUUUUUUGUACAUUUUUUUUGAAAGACAACGUUCCUAACAAUUCACAAAAAGGAACAUUUUAUGCAAAAUGUCAUAUGAGAAGCUUUAAAAUAUCCAGAAGAAUCACCAAAUAAAAUAAAAACAAAAACCCUAGAAAAAUGUACACAAAUGGCUGCAAAGGGCACCAGGGUUAAAUUGCGCUUUGACUCUAGUUCAGAUGAAAUCCAAAUGAGAAUCAAAGAAUCAAUCUCUUGGCAUUUUUCCGAUUGACGUCACUUUUCCGAUGUCCUUUCACUUACUUGUCAGACCACCCCCCUCCCUCGCUCAGCUCUCCCCCCUUUCUCUUUGCUCAGUGAGUCGCACCAAAUUCUAUUGUGAUGCUAAACUUUCGGGAAGGGAGACAGAGGGACGAAGAGCGGCUUGGAUUUCUGUUUGAACCCAUCUGAUCUGACUCGCGUUGAUUUCGAACUGUGCGUCCUUCCUCCAUUCAGUGAGGUUUUCAACAAUUUUCGACCUUUUUCGCCACACUUUUUUUUUUUUUUUGCGCUCCAGGAAUGCACUGUGCACUUUGCAGCUCGUUGUCCGGAGACCCCCCUGCUUCGCUUUUUCUCGACCAGGAGUUCUAAAUUAUCGACGGUCAUGCGCUCGUGAAGGACGGACUCUUUUCGUCAGCUUCCACGGUAUGAGCGGUUCCUUUCCGGGCAUGGACGAUGGCCGGGCGGGGCUCCAGAAGGUGGCGGGCGGAGGAAGAGGAGGCGGGUGGACGCUGGUGGAGGCCCAGCUGCAGGGUGGAGCUCCGUGGGGCUUUACGCUGCAGGGUGGCCUGGAGCACGGGGAGCCGCUCGUCAUCUCCAAGGUAGAAGAAGGCGGCAAGGCUGACAGUUUGGAGUGCCCGCUUCAAGUGGGAGAUGAGAUUAUCAUCAUCAACGACAUCGAGUUGACAGGUUAUCGUCAGGAAGCCAUUGCCCUUGUCAAAGGAUCAUACAAGACACUACAGAUCACCGUCCGCAGGGAGUUUGAUGCUGGAUACGGUGAGGAAUUUGGGUCUCCACCUCCCUCAUAUCUUCCUCCUUUUUCUGCUCCUUCACCGCCUCCUCUUUCUUGUACAUCACCACAACCCCAUCAACAACAACAAAAACAAACAACCCGUCGUUGCAGACCAUGUUCAACUGGAGGAGUCCAGUUACGCAUCAAGAACAGGAAGCUCCGGAAGAAGCAGAAGAAAGCGGCACUGGGCCGGUCCGAGGGGGCGCUUUGUCGCUCACCGUCGGAGGCCAGCGUCAACAACCUGGCGAGUGGCCUCAUUUCCAGAGUCCUCAGAUUCACAUCCAGACGCAGUGAGCCGGUAUCUCGUCCUCACUCGUGGCAUUCAACAAAAGUGGGUGAAGGUCAGCAGGAGUCAGAUCAGGAAGGGAUGGACACCAUGAGCAGUGCCUGGCAUCACAAUUACCAUGCAAGCAGUGCCUCCACCACUGACCUCUCAGGCGGGUUUGAGUCGGAUGGCGGCUACUUGAGGAAGAGUCCUGACCAGUACAGCUCAAGAGGCAGCAUGGAGAGCCUGGAUCCUCCUCAGUCUGCGCACUUCCAGCAUCACCACACACUGGGCCAUCACUCCCACAGUGGGCCUCACCAUGCCUAUUCCUCCUGCCAACAGCUAUCCUCUUCCAGGUCCUCCAACAGCAUUGACCACCUCAACAGCAAGCGAGACUCUGCAUACUCCUCCUUCUCCACCAGCUCCAGCAUCCCAGAGUACCUUGCUUCUGCUCCGACAUUCAGUCCCGAGCGCUCCUAUUCACUGGAGGCUGUGCCCCAAAGAGAAGGAAGUGGUGGAAUGCAACAAGCUGACAUGCGUUACAUCCGGACAGUUUACAGUGCCCAGCAGGGGCUCUCUCAGGAGCAGGAAUUGAGCUCUCCGUCAGCUUUAUCAUCACGUAACGGUGAUUCUAGAAGUGGAGAAGGAGUGAAAGGAGCGCAAAGCAGAGAUCCACCAGGUGGAGUCUGUUACCGUGGCAGCAGCAGCGGAGGUAAUAGCAAUAGUGCGCUGGCUGCAAACAGGCACAGUGUUGGUCCUAUUUGGGCUCCUGGAACCAGUCAGAGCUCUUAUGAGAACCUGAAGGGGGCACCUGCUCCACCGCGACGCAGCGACAGCUAUGCAGCCAUCAAAAACCAUGAGAGGCCCAACUCUUGGUCCAGUGUGGAGCAGCCCCGGGCAAUUAACAGAUCUCUGCAGAAGGGUUCCUAUCAUCACUCCAGUGGACCAGUUGCCUCAAGUUCAGCUAAAGGCUCAUGCAUCACUGAGGGACAGCUCCACACGGUCAUAGAAAAGAGUCCAGAGAGCAGCCCCACCACAAAACCCCGACAGGGUUUUCCCCCACCUGGUUCGCCUUCUGGACCUUCCACAAACCUCUCAAGCCCAGUUCCCCCGUCAGGCUGCCUGAUUCUGCCCACAGGAAUGUACCCUGUACCCCAACCGGAGCCCCAGUAUGCACAGAUACCCAGUUCAAGUCCCAUGUCACUCUCCUUGGGACUCUAUCCUGCACUGGCUAACAACAGCAACCGGCAGCAGCAGCAAGGCCUGCAGAAUUCCAGAGGACAAGAGGAGGAAGCAACUGAGCAAUGGAGAGAUGUAAAAGUGACAUCUGUCGAAAAAGGUCAUCAAAUGAACAUUUCAUCACCAUACCCCAACUCACUUGUUCCAAUAGUUGCCACAAUGCCGUGCAGAACACAUGAGUCAGACAGGAAUCAACAAGAGGAUAAGAAUUGUAGACACAACAGACCCUUUCCUACUGAAGGGAGAUCCGAGACGCAAGCAGGGGCCAGUAUGUUUCACCGGCAACAGGGGCCUCAGUCUCACAGCCCCCAUCACCUUCAUUUGCAUUCUAACCAAGGAGCCUACAACCAAAUGUUACAAGAACAAGAUUUUCGAAGUCUCCAAAUCCCGUCAACUCCAGCUCAUGGGCCAACGGGACAGCCUGAGGGCCUAAUUAGAAGAUCAAUGGACCAAUCCAAUGUUCAUCCUGAGGCAAUGUCAUAUUCUCGAGUUGCCCAGGGACAAGUGCUACCUUCUCAUUCACUAGUUCACCCUCAGCACUCCCCCUCGUCGUCGUCCUCCUCCACCUCCUCUUCCACUCUGGCCUCUCUCCGUCACCACAGUGACUCAGCAGCACUUCAUUACCAUCACUUGGAGCAGAAAGAGCACAACAGAGACAAAGAACACCCGCUGACCCGUCUAGAGAAUGCCCUUGUAGAGGUGCAGCGUUGUACCAGCCCCAACACUGAUGUCUCUCCCAGUAGUCAUGACAACAAUACAGUGGGUGAGGGCAUCCAGGGACCCACCCGUAGUCUCUCAGUCCUAGAGAGGGUCAGUCGCUUUGAGCAUUGUGACAGAGCAGGAAAGCAACGUAGUUACAGCAUCAAUCACGGUCAACACAAAAACGCUUUAUCUAGGGUGACGGACAAUGCCCAUGGUUCCGCCUGUGGAGCAGAAGACCUCAGAAGCAUGCUAGAAAGAAGCACCAGCAAAGCCCAUAGAACUAUGAGCUAUAGAGGAGGCAGCAUCAACUACAAGAAAGACAGGACUGCACCUGAUCCUAGUUCAGCCCUGGAGAGAAGCCUCAGCAGCCUCCAGCUGGAUGGAUCCAGGGAAGAAAAUGAAAGAAAGACCUCUCGGAAACCAGAUGUCCAGGAAAUUUUGCAGGAAACGUCCUUCCACAGAUCUUACAGGAAUUCAUUGAAAGAUGCACAGUCCAAGGUCCUACGUUCCACCUCCUUGAGACACAAUUUCUCACCCGUUCGUCCCUCUCGUGUAGCUUCUUCUUCCAAUUCCUCCUCACCACAUCAGCCUUUGCCUUCCCUGGGCAACCACCCCACCUCGGAGAAGAAAGGCCCUAAAACAAUGCCCAAACCAAUGAGCAUUGUUAUCUCUGUCCCAGCCACAUCCCCUCACACUCCAAAGGAGCGGCAUGUAGUCAGCCCAGAGAUACGAGGCCCAAGUCCCCCGGCUUUGCCCAGCGUCCCACCAGUUGGACCUCCUACUCUGUUGCGAAUCUGCGGACGCAGACGUCUGACUGCAGACCAGAAGAAACGUUCCUAUUCUGAGCCAGACAGCAUGAAUGAAAUUGGGAUUUCAGAUCCGGAGACAUCUGGUCUCUUCAAACUUGGAGGAGAGACCAGUGUGGCUGACCGUCGGAAGAUGUUUGAACUUGGCUUUGCCAACAACGCCAUAUCAAGGCCUGAUUUGCGCCAGCUUCAGCAAGUUGCUGUGGCUCAGUAUGUGCAGAGGAAGAGAAGUGAAAAAAAAGAUGAGGGAAGAGAAAGAAGUGGCCCUAGGCGUCUCAGCGCUUAUCUACAGUCGGAAAAAAACUACCAUUCAGACAGCCUCAGCCUCUCCUCUACCUCCAGCCUGCUUUCUGUCCAAGACUCUGGGCUGGAUCGCAGCCUUUACUCGAAUGAGAGGCGUCACUACUCUUCUCCUGGACCUGACAUGCAAAGUAUUCAGUCUAACUUGUACUCCCCAGGCAGAGUGACCACUCCAAGGCCUCCGUUACACCUACCAUCACGUGAGAAUUCCCCACCAGAACGCCACACCACCAGCACCCACCACCCUUCUAAUUACAUUCAGGAGUCAGUCUCCAAUAAAGGGAGUCCAAUUCCACCAAAAGAUUCACAAGAGCCUCAACAGAACUGGGUUGCGCCCAAGCAGACAAGCGGGUCUUUGGCAAUGGUUGGGUCGAUCCUGGGCUCCGGCAAAUCCGCCUCCGUUGAAGAGCUUUUGGAGCGAUCAGAGGAAAGGCUUCCAAACCACGCCCGCUCUCGGUCUUCCCCUACUCUGGAGAGACUGAAUAAGGUCUCGCUAUCAGAUCAGGUGAAGAUGUUUGAUGCCUACGUGUCUGAUCCUGAACGCUGCGCUAAGACGGAGGACAGCGUUGGGGAAAACAAGCCGACAGAGGGCCUCACAUCUCCUCAAAUGUCACUGAACAAUCCUCAGAACACCCAGCCUGCUGAUGCUCCUCCAGCCUUCUCCCACUCCCCAGUUCCACUGAGGGACAGACAGCGUCAGAGGAACAGUGAGCGUCAGCGGGCCCAUAGCAUGUCCUCUCUAGCAGCCUCAGUUGGUCUUCCUUGCCCUCUCUCCUCUGCAUGUGGUUCUCAGGACAGAGGUGGCAUUGAGUGGCAGUCCAGUCAGGGUUUAAGUCAAGCCGACCUGGACAACAUCACUUUCCCAGCAAGCCCCCGCAGCAUCUUAGCUGAAAAUGCUGGCAGCACGAAAGGUGGCGCUGUCAGCCUUGAUGGCCACCUUGACUCGUUUGUGGUGGAAAAACCAACGAGGCACAGUUUGAGUGAUGCUUGUGUUUUAGAAGACAUUACAAAGGAGGCUCACAGAGAGAGGUUAUUUAGUUUAGAGCGAAGAGGAGGGCCUUGUGAAGAAAACAAACAAGUCUCUUCAGUGACGACAUCCACACGAGACAAGGAGCACAAUGAGAAUAUCGAGUUGCGUCCAUUAGCAACAUCUACAGGACUAUUUAGGGAUGACUUGGAUGAGGUAUUUCUGCUGAAUCCUCCAUCUACAUCACCUUCUCUAUCGAUCAAAGAGACAAAUAUCAACGAAGACUUCCCUCUGCCACCCCAACCUCUCCUUGAGUUGGACCAGAAAAACUCUGCACAGAUUGCAGGAAGCCUAUCAAGCCUCCUGCCAUCCUCAAAGCCACGAUCCUCCACCCUCACAUCCACGACUUCUAGCCUGGAGAGCCCACAGUUUGACAACACACUUAACCUUGAGUACCAGCCCCUGCUCAGGAGAGAGAAGACAAUGGAAGAGAUGCAAGUGGAGAUGCUGGCAAAGCAGCUGGUAAUGCAGGAUCGCUCUCUGACAACCAUCCUAGGAACAUGGCAGGGUAAAUCACCUGUUGAGCUUGUGGAGGAAAUCUUUCAAAACAGCAGACUCGGUGCUAAAGUGCCAUGGCAUGCCAUAGGUAGCCCAUUAAAUGACAGGGUAGAGGAUGGUGUCAAAACGGAAGUCAAUUGCAGGACUGAAAUGGAGGAGGAGAAAGACCUCAACAGCAGGAAGGCGGAGCUGUGCGAGGCUCUGAGGUCCAGUCUGGUGGUUAUGCACCAAGAGAAGGAAGCGUUGUGCGAGGAGAUGAGGUGUCACCAGGCACUCGGGACUAGCAUUGACUCUCUGGUUUAUAAACUAUGCAAAAUAAAUGAGAGGGACAAGUACAGCAUGUUCAUAGGAGAUCUUGAGAAAAUUGUGAACUUGCUGCUGUCACUGUGUAACCGGCUGUCAAGGGUUGACAAAUCUUUGAUCGCUUUGCAACAAGAAGAGCUCCAAAAGAAGGACGCUUCACAGGAGCGGGACUCCCUCAAUCAUAAGCGUUCUCAGCUCCUCAGUCAAACAGAGGAUGCCUGCGAACUGAAGGAAAACCUGGACCGGCGUCAGCGCGUUGUUCAGGCCAUCUUGCGAGGCUACCUCACUGAACCCCAGCUCCAAGACUACCGCCAAUUUGUCAGCACCAAACCCUCCCUGCUCAUUCGCCAACGGGACCUCGAUGACCUCAUACGUCAGCGCGAGGAGCAGCUCACGAGGCUGGCAGAGACCCUCCCGCCCGAGCUGGCGGCGGCUCAAGAUUGGUUGAGAGGAUCUUUGCGUUUGUCAUCGAGCCCAAUCUCUUGCUCCUCCCCCUUCCCACAGCUGCUUUCCUCCUCUCUGAUUCCUGGCCACGCCCACACAGCCAGGUCCACCACAGUGACGUCACUGUGAUGGGAUGAAACUAAAAACUAACUGAAUCUAUGCACGCAUGAAGCAGGACAUACUAUUAUGUGCUUCGUUGUAUUCGCACCUGACUGAAACUUGUACAUGAGAAACAAUUACACAUUUGCCCAAUUGUUGCUAUUCAUAUCAACUCUGUGAAGGUUUACCAGGUGGAAAAAGCCCAAGAAAAUUAACUGUCUAAAACAUACAAGAUAAUUUGGUUUUUAAUAAGGCUCCUUUUUUUCCAUGACUUACAUAUAUUCCAACUUUUUUAGGAAAUACUUGACACGUUGCAAGUUAAGACAAGGGCUGCAAAGCCUUAAAUGUAAAAUGUUUAAAGUGUUUCAACUUUUCCUCAGACAGAAUAUUCAGUACAUAACAGAGGAGGAUGGACUGUUACUAGAAUACUGUGAAUACUGUGAUAAUUUGGUGAAAUGUCAUGUCAUGCAGAAGCACAGUUCAAAAGGCACAAACGGUGCUCUCCUUUACAUAAUUUUCAUUUUGCUCAAAUAGAUAUUUGCUGGUGGCCAAAGACAGAACAACAAUAAUAAAUUGCAUCUGAAAUUGAAUUCCACUUAUUUUUAUGCUGGAACACUUGAUGUCAAAGGAGGAGUCCAAAGAUUUGGAUGGGAUCCAAUGUUGAACGCUGUUUUAUUUCAUAUUUAAAUUUUUUUGGGUCAGCCCUAACUUAUUGAUAAUAAUAUAUUCACAAAUUAAGCCAUUUUUUUGCAUUUGAACAUAAAUUAUUAUUAUAGAUUUAAUCUUUUCAUAAUCCUAGCAAUGCCUUGUAAUGCUUCUUGAUCUCAUAAUGCAUUAAACUGGACUCAUUAUACUAUUAGUGUUACUCAAUUCAGUGCCCGUUGAGUUUUUCUGGUCUUAAGUGUCCAGCAACGUGUGUAAUUAUAAAAUAUAAAAUAAUAUUUGUUUUCAAACAAUUAGAAGCAGUGGAUGGAAUUGUUGGCCUUAAAAAAACGUUUUUUUAAGGCCAUCUACUGGUGACUAUGCACUUAU